AAAAAGAAAGUGGAUGCAUCGCUGCAGCGUAAAAGAAGAUUUGAAUCCGUCUUUUUAGUGUUAAUUACUUCUUCCUCUUUCUAUUUUGAUUUUUAUUUAUAUAUCAAUGUUUAUAAAAACUAGACUGAACCGGCCAGUUCAACCGUUUGAACAAGUAACUCACUAGUCCAACAGUUGAUUUGAUCUUUGUUACAUACGAUCUAUAGUUGAACCAAAUUGGACCAAAGUUGAAUCAGAUUAAACCGGUUCAACUUGCUUCAACCGGUUUCAUUUUUUACAUUCUUUUUGUUUAUUAAUACGCAUUUAUUUAUUUGUCAUCUGGUUGAAUCGUGAUUGAACCAUGAGUCGGAGGUCUCAUCAGUUCGGUCUAACAUUACUAUUAAAUGCAUCAUGAGUGUAUAUUUUGUCCAAAGAUCAUGCAGGGCAUCAAGCUUAGUGAGAGCAAGAUCCUAAGGAAGAUACUAAGCAGGAACUCAUCAGAGACCAAGCAGGAAACUACUAGUUUGAAUCAAGCAUCUGAAAACUCAACAAGACAAUUCUAUCAUCAAACCAAAAAGAUCUUUGUUGGUUCCUGGAAUAUUGGAGGCAUUGCACCACCUCAUAAUUUGGACAUUGAAGAUUGGCUUGACACACAAAAUGAUUCUGCAGAUAUUUAUGUUUUGGGGUUCCAAGAAAUUGUACCUCUAAAUGCAGCAAAUGUAUUAGGUCCUCAAAACAAGAAAAUUUCCAUGAAGUGGAAUUCCCUCAUUGGGGCAACCCUUAACAAUAAAAGACCUAUGAAGGUAGUUGAAGAAGACAAAAAGGCAGAACCUCAAAAGAUAUAUCCAUUGAAGGAACAAACUUGUGAAGAGGUUGAAAAUGUUGAUGAUUUUCAAUGCAUCAUAAGUAGGCAAUUGGUAGGAAUGUUCAUUACUAUUUGGGCAAGAUGUGACCUUUAUCAAUCUAUCAAGCACUUGAAUGUCUCAUCUGUUGGAUGUGGAGUCCUGGGUUGCUUGGCGAACAAGGGUUCAAUAUCAAUUAGAUUUUUCUUGCAUGAAACAAGCUUCUGCUUUAUAUGCAGCCAUCUAGCUUCAGGUGGGAAAGAAGAAGACAAGAGACAAAGAAAUGCUAAUGCAGCUGAUAUUUUGUCCCAAACAAACUUCCCUGUUGGUCCUCUGCAUGAUCUGCCUCAGAAAAUUAUUGAUCAUGACCGAGUUGUGUGGCUAGGAGACUUGAACUACAGGAUAGAUAUGUCACAUUCUGCAACACAGUCCUUGAUCAAGAAAAGAGAAUGGGAAACCUUAUUGAAACAUGAUCAACUAAAGAUGGAGCUGAAAGAGGGUCGUGUAUUCCAAGGUUGGCAUGAAGGAUCUAUAGAAUUUCCACCUACAUACAAAUACCAUCCAAAUUCUGAUGAUUAUAUAGGUUGUAAUCAGCAACACAUGAGCAAAAAGAGACGUUCCCCAGCAUGGUGUGAUAGAAUAAUAUGGUUUGGAAAGGGAAUGAGGCAAAUUCAAUACAACAGGAGUGAGUCAAAACUUUCCGAUCAUAGACCAGUACAAGCAAUGUUCACAGCUGAUAUCAAGGUGGCAGCAACGAAUUAUAAAUGAUUCAAAGUACUACAAAGGCAUUUCAUCCAAGAGAUUUUAGUUCUCAUUGUAUACCAUUCUUGAAAGAGGUUUUAGAAUCUAAGAAAGGCAUGUAUAUGGCUGAAAUCUUUGAGUGAUGUGAUUCUUUUGCCUUUAAGGAUAAACAUUACUAUUUGUGUUUUCCCGCUUCUUGUAAUAGAGAAUACAUAGGGGAGCAGCAGAAAGAAUGAUUUUCUCUAUUUUUUGAGAGGGUUGUUGUGAUUUAUGAAACAUUCCCCUCAAAUUGUUACUUGGUGAUGCAUGUGUUUUACUCAAAUGUAAUAAGUUAUGGUAUCAGAACAAACUCAUCAAAAUU